ACAAUAGCACCUAAGGAGAAUGAGCGGCAGACUGGGCCAGAGGAAGGAAGAGGGAGGGCUUGUGAGAGGAAAGUGUUGAGUAGACUUUUUCUAAGCAUCUGGAUCUCGGUUUGGAAGAAGAAAGAGGGGCUGCACGUAUGGACAUUUACCUCAAAGUUAUAGUAAACAGUAGAAGAACGAAAGAAGAAGAAAGCAGAGGAAGACGGGAGGAAAAGAAAACUUUACCGUGAACUGGGCGCACAACUGGAGCAGCAAUGUUACCGGUGAUCCUGACAGUUUACCUCAAUGACGCCCAGCAAAUGCUCACAGAGGUCCCUGUUACCCCGGCGACCAGAGUGGUAGAUGUAGUGGAGUACUGUAAGGAGGCGGGCGAGGGGGAGUGCCACCUGGCCGAGGUCUGGAACGGACAUGAGCGAGUUCUUCCACAAGACGUGUUACUGCUGGACCUCCUGCAGCAGUGGGGAUCCAGGCGCCCUGAGGUCAGCUUCUACCUGCGACACUGCCCCUCCUGGACACAAGGUAGUCAGCAGGCGCCGGAGCAGAGCUGGACCCCUGAAGGCACGGACAGCACUAAUGACAGGGUUCCCCGUGUGGAGCUGACCCUCUCUGAGCUCCAGGAAAUGGCCACGAGGCAACAACAGCAAAUCGAAGCUCAGCAGCAGAUGUUGGUCGCCAAGGAGCAGAGGCUGAGGUAUCUGCAGCAGGGAGGUCGUGGCAGCCAGGCUCAGUCUCAGUCUGAAGCGGAGAAGCUGCAGAGGUUAAAGGAACGCGUGGAAACUCAGGAGGCAAAACUUAAGAAAAUUCGAGCCAUGAGAGGCCAAGUAGACUACAGCAAAUUGAUCAACGGAAACCUAUCGGCAGAGAUUGAGCACGUUAGCAAUCUCUUUCAAGAAAAACAGGCCGAGCUGCAGACAGCUGUGAUCCGGGUCGACCAGCUGACACAGCAGUUGGAGGAUUUGAGAAGAGGUCGUCUGCAGCUGCAUUCACUGGGGCCGCAGCAGGGAACACCCACGGGACCCCAGGGUGCACACAUCACCGGACAGAAAGGGUCACCUCUGUCCGGGCCCGCAGCCAUCGAGCUGAGAAAACUCUACCAGGAAUUACAGGCACGAAACCGCCAUAACCUGGAGCAGAACAGCAAAUUAGCUCAAAACAAGGAACUUCUGAACAAGAGAAACACCCAGGUGACAAUGAUGGACCAGCGCAUCGGAGAUCUGCGAGAUCGACUGCACAAGAAGAAGGCCGAGUUAAGCCGUCUGAACGGAGGAGGGGUCACAACUCCACCAACUUCUUCUCACUCGGGGGGCAGUGUUUCGGGACGGGUGGCAGCUGUGUGCCCCUACAUCCAGGUCCCAUCUGAGAACAGACAAGACAAGAGCUACCCACUGCCCAUUGACCCACCCACCAAGCCCACCCCUCUCAGCCAUAUCCGCUCUCUAUCAGAGGAGGACAGGAGUGCCGUCAAGAAGCCUCCCAGCCAAUGGAAAGUGUCCGAUUUGGACCUGGUCAUCGGUGUGCCCCCAGAGACAUGGGAGGGUGACAGUAUCAACACCAAUGAAGCAUCCUGGCCUAGCAUGAGUAAGAGUUUAUCUGACUGGAGGAACAACAGUCCUGAGCAGCCAAUUCCCUCUGGCUAUGGUACAUAUCCCAGUGCCACUCACCAGGUGGCGCACCACUCUACCACCAGCUCCCUGCCCCGCUCUGCCCCUGGCACUCUAGGCUGGCCUCGCUCCAGUUCCAAUGCCACCCCUUCAUCCUCUUCAUCAUCUUCUGCCCAACAAAUUCAACAGCGCAUUUCUGUCCCGCCGAGUCAAGGUUCACUGUCUCCUAAAACAGAGCGGACAGACCACCCUCCGGCAGUGGCAGUGCGUCCCUACGUCCCAGAGCACUCCUCCAGACCCCAGUCACCGCGCAAGGGUCCAGCCACCAUGAACAGCAGCUCAAUCUACAGCAUGUACCUGCACCAGCCACAGGCCAAAAACUAUGGCUCUCUCAGUAACAGAGCAGCUGUCAAAGCAGUGUAUGGAAAACCAAUCCUCCCAAACUCCUCUGCCUCGCCGUCCCCAGUCCCGUUUCUCCAUGGAGGGUCAAAAGGAGAAGAUGUUCCAGAUAAAGAUGGAGGCAAACCUGGAGGAGUUGAAGGCAGUGAUGGACAUGUGAUCGCUCCUCCCAGUGUGGACAGCAUCCCCCGCCCCCUCAGCCCCACCAAACUCACUCCAGUGGCCCACUCCCAGCUUAGAUACCAGAGUGAUGCAGACCUGGAGGUUCUUCGCCGUCGCCUUAGCAACGCCCCACGACCCCUGAAGAAACGCAGCUCAAUUACAGAACCAGAGGGGCCACAGGGGCCGAACAUUCAGAAACUACUUUACCAAAGGUUCAACACUUUGGCCGGAGGCAUUGAAGGAGUCUCUGCCAACACUUUUUACCAACCCGACUGUCUACUGGGCGACAUAGAGAACUUACAACUGGCCAAUGGCAAUAUUGAGUCCAGUGAUAAACAGACCACUGCACCUGCUCCAGAAGGUGAAGGAAAGAAUACUGUGAAUGCAGACUCUCACCUGCGCCUGUCCCCUUCAUCUGCUGUGAAAGAAACGCCCAAAGAUACGGCACCCGAAAAAGCCAAUCACGUGUCCCCAUCGAAACCGCCAGGCCCCUCCCCCACUCCUGAUAAGCCAGAGGACCAAAACAAUAACAAACAGAAUAGUGUUAGUUCCGCCCGUAAUUCUGUAAGCCACUCUUCCCCAUCGCCCUCUCCUCCUGCUGCUCCUCCGCAGCCUAAGGUGAAGCGAACCAACCUAAAGAAGCCAUCGUCGGAGCGCACCGGUCAUGGUCUCCGAGUGAAGUUCAACCCUCUGGCACUGCUGUUGGACGCAUCUUUAGAGGGAGAGUUUGACCUGGUGCAAAGAAUUAUAUAUGAGGUGGAAAACCCCAGUAUGCCCAAUGAUGAGGGCAUCACUCCCCUUCACAAUGCAGUUUGCGCCGGUCAUCACCACAUUGUUAAGUUUCUGCUGGACUUCGGAGUGAACGUGAACGCGGCAGACAGUGACGGAUGGACUCCUCUUCACUGCGCAGCUUCCUGUAAUAGCGUGCACCUAUGUAAAAUGCUGGUGGAAUCCGGGGCAGCCAUUUUUGCCACAACCAUUAGUGAUGUUGAGACAGCUGCAGACAAGUGUGAAGAGAUGGAGGAGGGAUAUACCCAAUGUUCACAGUUCCUAUAUGGUGUGCAGGAAAAGUUGGGUGUAAUGAAUAAGGGCCUGGUGUAUGGUCUUUGGGACUACACAGCGCAGCAGAGUGAUGAGCUGUCCUUCAGUGAGGGAGAUGCCAUCACUGUGCUGCGUCGCCGUGACGACACUGAGACAGAGUGGUGGUGGGCGCGACUCAAUGAACGCGAGGGAUAUGUGCCCCGAAACCUGCUGGGGCUGUAUCCAAGGAUCAAACCCAGACAGCGCUCCCUGGCUUAGGGCCCAGAUCAGGAACCACGUGAACUGGCAGGGAAAGCAGGGAGAAUGCACGAGAAGCGCAGCAGCAUGUGAGCCAAGGCAUUAUCGGAAGAGGAGAGAUAAAAAUAUGGAAGUGGAGAUACAGAAACACAGAUGAACUUUAGAUUUUUUUUUGUUUUUGUUUGUAUGAAUAAGAAAACAAAAGAAACUUGAAUGUCAUUUUAAGAAGCAGAAUACAACAUUGCUGCAUGAGAGAGAUGCUUAAGAAUACAUGCACCAUUUGGAUGUAACUUUUAAGCCAAACUUCACUUUAUUUUUGUAUGGCCGAAAAGCAUUCAUCUUUGUGCCAUAGAAGCAUGCAUCCUCUUCUCAAAUGCAGUGAAAACAGUAUGCAAACACUAUGAUGGUGUGUUUAAAAUAAGCUAAAAAAGAAGGACGAUGAAGAGGGAGAAUGAAUGUGUAGGAGGACAGAGUUAGGUGCAAUAAAAGUGCAAGGUAAGUCAGUUUUGUAUGUCCACAGUUGAUUGGGCUGUUUUGAGUUUUGGUGAAAAUGUAUAUGUGGAUUUUAUGAGAGGACGAUAGAUUUUUUGGUGCAUAAAAUAUGUUUUUUAUGAAAAGAAAGAAGACAAUUUAGCAAUGCUGUGUCAUUUUUCACUAAUAAAAGCUGGCUGUUACACUAACUUAAUGAACUAUUUUGUGUAUAUUACAUUCUGAACAAACUGUGUAAAAUGGUGUUUCCUAUGGGACAGGAUUAAAAAGUGUUGAGUGAAAUGAUCCCACAAAGUUAAAUCAUAAGAGGAUCAAAUGUUUAAUUGCGACAUUGUGGAAACAAAUCUGAUAUUUUUUUUACAUAAAGUAUUUAUAUAACAUAGUUGAAUCAAUGUGUUAAUCUCAUAAUUGUGCUGCUGUGUUUAAUUUUAAACAUUGAGCAUUGUUUUGUUUUGGGGUUUUUUUCAUAUAAAUGCUGUACUAUAUUAUACAGAUCUAACCACAGUGACAUGUUUUGUGCCACUCACUGCUGCCACCUAGUGUACAGACAAGCGACACGUGUAAGUUUAUACUGAGACUGACUGCUUCUUAAUGUAAAUGUAGGCCUAAACCAUUUCAUAUUGUGCAGAAGCAAUGUUUCACAGAUUGUGUACAGUAUUAAUAAAAUAUAGUGCAGAGAACCAAAA